AGCUGGAGCAACUUUGUGGUGGGGUAGCUCUAAUUAACUGUAUUUCGUAGUUUGGUUACAGGCCUGCGUCAUGGGUCUGGCCGUCUUGGGUUAAUCAGUGAUUACCUAGUAAAGAGGAAAACAACUACUGCAUCUUAUUGCACAAUUUUAUUUCCCGGGCACUCAAAGUCUACGCAACAAAUAUUGCACCUUUCACACCCUCAAUAAAGCCUACUGGUCAAGCUUAUAGCUACAACUUCAAAAUGGACGAAAAGGGCAUAAUGAACGAGAAGGACGUCAUACCUGAGGCGCCGCCGCCAUACAUUGCGGCCGCAGCUGAGCAUGGCAUCCGUCUCCGUCAGAGCGCACCACCCCGUCCUGGACCAAGAAAGUUCGAGCUCCCCGUGAUCGCGCAUAUAAAGGAAAGAAGAGCAAUUCUCGCGUCGUCAUCACCAAGGAGAAAAGCGCUUCUCGCACAGGUCGGCCUCACCAAUCUAGAAAUCAUCCCCUCCACCAAGCCCGAAAACCUUGACAAGAUCGCCCUCGGCCCGCUAGAGUACGUUGCCGCAACCGCGCGGCAAAAGUGUCUGGACGUCUACACCUCGGCGAUCGAGGCGCAGAACAAGGCCAUCACGGCCAAGGAGGACAACCCGCCCGAAGACGUCGACCUGGUCAUUUCAGCCGACACCGUGAUCGUGACGCGGGACGGGCGCAUCCUUGAGAAGCCGCGGUCCGAAAAUGACCACAUAGCCAUGCUCAAGCAUCUGCGCGACACAGAGGUCCACCGCGUGUUGACCUCAGUCUGUGUCCUGGCGCCCAGGGAGGACGCGGCUCACCCCGGGUACGAGAUGGAGGUGCACACCGAGGAGACAAAGGUCUACUUUGCGCAGGAGAGCGAGGGCCUGCCGGAUGAUGUCAUCGAGUCCUACGUUAGAACGCGGGAAGGAGCGGACAAGGCUGGAGGGUAUGCGGUGCAGGGUCUGGGUGGUCUGGUGUUGGUGUCGAGGAUUGAGGGGAGCUUUGACAAUGUCAUUGGGCUGCCGGUGAGGAAGUGCCUCCAGCUGGCUGAGAAGGUCCUCUUUAAGCAACAUGGCCAGUACGACAUCGAGCCAAGUAGCGAGGAGGAAGAUUAAGCCCUGGCAAGGUAGACGACCAGUGUCAGACAAAGGGUGCUAGAAAUCAAAGCCCAGGCAUGGUUGAACGACAUGACAUAACGAUAGAUGAGCAAAGUCGUCGAUGCGGCAUGACGGAAGCCACGCUUCGAUAACUAUGCCGACCGUCAUUGUCAGAGAAACUUGCUCAGGCAGGUAUCUGACUUUUUGCAGCACAAGGCUUUCGCUAUCAUUAGGCAAAGCUUGACUUGGUGCCAUUUCUGGAAAGCCAAGUCCGGAUGAGGGCUGAGGAACCGUGAUUAGAUUACAUGCAUCCGGAGACUGAAACUUCCGGGCCUGAUCAGUGGCCUUCAUCAGUCAAUAGUCAGCAGGCUCGGUGCUUUUGCUGAUAUUCUUAGUCAUGGGUGGCUGUCUGUUCUGUUCUGGCAGAGCGAAAAGUCAAUGAGGGAAACAGAUGGGCUGUUCCAUUGCAAUGAUGGAUAUUUCUUUCAUUCUGGGGAUUUUUUUCGUCCCAUCCGAUCCACCUCGAUCGGAACCGGAAUUGUAAGAAGUAGAUGCGAUGGCUCCAGUUCAGCCAAACAGUCAUAAGCCCUUUGGAUGUGGCUCGGAUAGCAUCAGAGGGUCUGUCUCGAGAACCAGAGGCCAUCAUCAAAAUCUUUGGCAUGCAAUCAAGAACAAACGAUAUCUUUCAGAGUUACCUAAUCCGAAAAUGGGCAAGAUGAGGCAGGAGUGUACUAACUAACUACUAUUGGAAUGAAUCGCACAUAAGAUAUGAACAGGGAAUACGAAAUGGAAAGCUGACAAGAAAUUGGCAGAUUGGGGGCGCCUACUACCUGCCUGCUGACCGCUUCUACCAUACAAAGUAAUCGUUCCAGCCAUGGUUCCAUCUGACUUUGAUGGUCCAAGACGGCGAGCUGCAGUGAAGAUCAAAGACAAGAGAAGACGCCGGGAACACCCCCCCAAUCAACACAAACAACCCAAUGAAUUUGUCUUAGGAGUCGCGCCAAGAGUCCCCGCAACAAGCGUCGCUUGCGUGCCUUCGACCUUCCGCGCCGGGCGUCUAGAUGCAGCGUGACGGGAUUUCUCAUUGGGUGCAGGUGAGGACCCUUGGUGAUCUAUUUUGGGCAGUCGACCAAUGGCCCUCAACCAACGAGGGCAGGUCGGCGGCGGGGGCAACACACAUUGGCCAGGCAAACUUGUUCCCCCACAGGGUGGACUUCCUUUUACAGCAUACCAACCCUUCUUACUCUACCAAAGCGCUUAAAAUACCACCCAACCAUGAUUCUGGCUCACUUUUUGUCGCUGCGCUGCCGCCCAGCGGGCGACAGAGAGGAGGGGAAUGGAUGGCACCCUUUGUGCCAGGGGGUGAGCGGGAAGCUUGUGAUUUGAUGAUCACUUUUUUUUUAUUGCUUGUCAGAGCCGAGCAAACCAAAAAGGCGGGAGUGCGCAGGGUGGGCUGCAAGGGGGGAGAAGAGGAAGAAGAAGAAGUGAUGUUUCUGUUCCACUAUAUUGUAGACUUAC